AUGCGCUUCGAGUCUAGCAACCACUUCUUCCGCUGCCUCAAAGUGUCCUCUGUUCUAGCGCCAUCUCUUUCAGCGCUUUCUAUAACAACGAGAACCCCUCAGAUAUGGAAGAUUACUGAGAAGCUCUCAGAGAACGCGCAGCAUCUGAAUUAUGAAGAUAUACAGGAAGGCCUUGGUUAUUCCAGAGCUAUCGGCAAGUUCCUAUGCUACCUUGUUGAUGACCCAACAAAGAUAGGCUUCAUGAGAAUCUAUUGUCAGAUCCCCAUCGAAGAAACUGAUGAGGAUAGUAUAGAGCAACAAGCUAUUCCUGCCCCCGUUUGUGCUGAGUUUGAAGUUCUUAUGCGGCUCAGGUACUGUCCUGUUGCGCCUCAAAUCCUUGGCCAUGCUGUGGGUACACAACCAGAGAAUGGCUUCGUUCCUCGUGGCUAG